CCGUCUUGUCGGAUUGAAAACAUUUUCCUACCGCCAGUUCAGUCGUUAUCAAGUAGGCAUUCGAAGUGGUUGGAUCGCACCCCCAAGACUAAGAAUCACUAAGAAUUACAGAUACUCGAGCAUUCAAUCCAUUCCGUCCACUCAACUAGUCAGGUCGCGAGGAGUAUUGAAUAUAAUAAACAGAGCCACACUUUAGUUAGACUCCCAUCCAACCGGAAUGUUUGCAACUUGAGUUGCAUUAUCAGAGGUGGCAGAUAACCUCCAGCCUGCUGGACUCGGAUCAGAUCAGAUCAGAUCGGAUCAGACUUCAUAAAGAAGUGGGAGGAAUCAGACAGUCUUUACAUUUGGAUUUAGCAGGGCAGACGUACCGUCGAGUAAAUAACCCAUUCUCAAAUAUUGCUACCGAACCCAUUCAUUACAAGUACUUAUCAGGAAACUAAGCUGCCUCGACAUUUGGAGUUGUUUAAAUACGAGUGCGUCGUAAAACUUUAAACAUAUUAUUAUCCCACUACUAAAAGAGGAAAGCCAACCAAGUGCACCGAGACAUAAUACCUAAAAGAUACACUACCAUGAUCGGAAAACAGCGCGUUUGGCAGACAAGUGUGGUGGGUCUGCUUUUGGCCAGUUUCAGUCUAUGCUCGUUGGUUUAUAUGGAACAGAUCGAACGCUGGAUGCUCGAGUGGUUUAUGGUUCUGCGGCCAGGAACACUGAUCAGCAACCUGUGGCAGUCACCCGCCUUGGAUAUAAACGUGGAUCUGUACUUAUUCAACUGGACAAACUCGGAGAGCUUCAGCGAUCCCACCGUGAAGCCCCGGUUCGAGGAGCUUGGACCCUACCGCUUCACUGAGCGGAUGCAGAAGGUCAAUGUGGAGUGGCACGAUGAGAACUCCACGGUGUCCUACAGGCGCCGCAGUCGCUUCGAUUUCGAUCCGAAACUCAGUGCCGGACGCCCUUCAGAUCCCAUUGUGGCACCCAACCUGCUCGUCGUGGGCCUGUACCAGAAGAUGGUCAUGUGGAGUCCCAUGCUGCGUUCCCUCAUGUUGCUGGCCCUAAACAUCUACGGCAAGGAGCAGGCCAUGAUCCGGCCGGCCAGCGAUUGGAUGUUCGAGGGCUUCGACACGCCGAUGAUCAAGAUGAGCAAAAUGGUGCCACCUAGUCUGGUUCCGGAGAUGAAGUUCCCCUACGAGAAGAUCGGCUAUGCGUAUCCACGCAAUGGCAGCAUGGAAAUCUACGGGCACCACAAUGUCUACACGGGUCGAGAUGAGUUCCAUAAACUGGGUCAAAUAGCCAGGUGGCGCUACAACAACGUCACAGAAGCCAGUCCCAGGUGCAAGCUGAAGGGCAGUGCCGGGGAGUUCCACCCCAUACCACUGGUGAAGGGCAAACCGAUAUCCUACUUCCUGCCGGAUCUGUGCCGCGAGCUGCAGGUGGAUUACUCCGGCACCACCAUCUUCGAGGGCAUUGAAGCUUUCGUGUACAGAGGCAGUGCGCGCAACAUGGCAAAUGGCACUGAUAACCCGGAUAACAGAUGCUAUUGCGAGGAGAACUGCCAGGAGUUGAGAUCCGGUCUGCUCAACAUUUCCUCCUGUUGGUAUGGAACGCCUGUCUUUGCGUCCUAUCCGCACUUCUAUAAUGCCGAUCCCUACUACGGAGAGCAGGUGGAGGGCAUGAAGCCCGACAAGGAUCGCCACGAGAUGGUCAUCAUGUUGGAGCCCAAGACCGGAAUGGUGCUGGAGAUCAAGGCGCGCAUUAUGGCCAACUUGCUGGUCGAGCCCAAAACUCAUUUAAUCUACCGCACGGCGAGAAGAACAUUCUUUCCGUUGAUCUGGGCGGAUUACAAUGUCCGCAUCACGGAUGAUCUUCUGGGCUACGUGAAGCUGAUGCCGAUCCUAGAGUUGGUGGGCAAGAUCUUUGGCAUCCUAGGCGUGGCCUUGGGUGUGCUGAUGCUAUUCUGGUAUCCGCACCAAAUGAUCUGGCAGAAGGGCCUGAUGCACAAGAUCGAGAUUAGUUCCAUCGAGACGAAUAGGUCGUUGGAGCCCGUGAAGAAGAAUGAUGUGGAGGACUCGCCGCUGCUAAAAGGAUUGCCAUACACAGGGGCCAAAGAUGGGGCGGGAAAUUCAAACUGAGAAUUUAGGCUAACUAAGUGUCAUAUGUUUAGGUUUGCAAGAGUUUUCUUGCCUAGUCUACAGAUUAAGCCAAUAAAUGGUAAAUGGUGUGCAAA